AAAAAAUAAAGAAUAUGACGUCAGCUUCGACAGCUUGGUGAAGAAAUCAGCAAAAGAAAAACAAAUUUGGCUCUUGAGUUCAGUCGCAGGAACAGGAAAGACGACAGUUCUCAGGGAAAUGGCUUUUCAACUCGGGAAACUAAAUCCGGAUUUACAAAUUUUACGUAUUUCACUCCCGAGAGUUCCGUUCAGUUCUCUAGACAGGAAUGUGACUGAGAUUGAAUUUCUCGUGAAAGCCACUAAGAAUUCGAAAGAGGAAAUCAUAAAAAGCAUAGAAAGCAAGCAAUGUGUUGUGAUUCUUGAUGGGUUCGAUGAAAUCAUCCGUCCUGAUAACCAAGAAAAAACACUGAAAGUGAUCGAAGCUCUAGAAAAGAAACAGAUAUCCGUAUGGAUCGGAACGAGACCUAACGCAGCAGAAGCAAUCAAAAAUAGGAUAUCAAAAGCUGUUAUAGUAAAGAUUGAUCCCUUGAAAAAAAAGCAGCAAAUCGAGUUUUUGAAGCUGGAGACGGGCAAGAGUCGAGAAGAAUGUGAAUUAUUCAUCGAGAACUUCGCAUCAAAGGACAUCUUGGAAAAUCCUUUGCACCUUUCUUUGGUUGCUAAUUAUGGGGCCAAAGGAAACUUGUACCAAAUCUACGACAAGGUUGUACGGCACAAAGUGAAAGACACUCUGAUCAGGAAAGCAGUUGACAAGAACAAAGAAGACGAUUUUGGAGAAAUAUUAGCCUUUGCUAUAUUAGAUCUUCAAAAGUUGGCAAGCAACCACUUCAGAGGCUUUGAACUUCCUGAUUACGUGAAAGACGACCUAGAAAAAAACAAUUACUAUGGCAUUGCCUCGUUUCAAAACAACCAUGUUAUUUUCAUUCAUCAGACUUUCGCCGAAUUUCUCGCAGCCCGACAUUUCCUACGUGAAAUCGAGAAUAGUGGCGAUUGGGACAUCCAAAGCAGCACUGAAGAUAUUGCAGAUUUAUUUUUAGGGAAAUCGUUUUCGUGGUGCAGAAAGUUUGUCGAUCUUUUCUAUUCCACAGUUUUGAAUGACGCGGAAAAAAUCGAAAAGCGCAGAACAUCAAUUCUAAGAGUCAUGAGGUUGAAACCAGAUAUUUUUUUGGGUUUGAUGGUUGAAGAUGUUUGCAUAAAUAUUUUCAAAAUGGUUUACCCAAUUAUCACCUUCAGUGAAAAGCAAGAGGGAAACUGUAUUACUGUUGCAAAGGAUGAUACUCUUUUGUUCAGAGCAAUCGAAGGAGCGGAAGAAAUUGCAAUCAUGCUGCUCGACACGGACUUAAUCAACAGUGAUGAUGAGUUGCUAAUAAUUUUACCUCAUCUGUUGAAUUUAGUAGCUGAAUCAAACGCAUGUCUCUUCUUUGAAAAACUGGAAACAAAAUUUCCAAGAUUGCCAGAGAUGAUCCACUCUAGAAGAUCUAUAAUAAGAGCUGGAGCGUUUGCUGCAGGGAUGAAUCACGGCGAAAUUCUUCAUCUGCUGCUGCAAAAUGGUGUCGACAAAGAUUUUCAAGGUGAUGAAGGUAGCACCCUAUAUUUGGCUAUUUACCAUGGAGCUAUAAAAUGCGUAGAAGUUUUGCUUAAGCAUGGCGCAAAAUUAGCCAUAGAUGAAGAUGGUGAAAGUUGGGACCCUUUGAUGAUGGCUGUAGAAGAAAAUGAACUAGACCUGGUCAAAUUGUUAGUGGAGGAAAACAUCAGUGGACUGCAACGCAACAAAGAAACUUUCGAAAUCAAUGAAGUAGAAUCAGAUUUGAAUGUUUUACAUUUUGCUAUUCAAGAGGGGUACACAGAAAUAGCAAAAUUUCUUAUAGAAAAGAGUCCAGGUUUGAAAAACGUGGAAAAUGGUGAUGAUGAAAGUCUUCUUAAAUUUUCAGCUAAAAGUAAAUGUUUGGAAAUAUGUCAAAUGCUUAUUGAAGAAGAAGGGGUUGACGUGAACACCUUACGACCAAGUGGAGAACCAAGAGAUUGGACCUUGGAUGACAAUAUAUGUAUGGACCAUUUCUUAAUUCUGCAGAAGAGUGACGUUAACAUGACAGACGAGAGAGGAAAAACUGCUCUUCACUGCGCUGCGGAACAUGGAUAUCUUGAACGUGUCAAAGAGUUGAUCAAUGCUGGCGCUAAUAUUCAAGCUGUAGACGAAAAUGGAUGGAAUGCUUUUCAUUUUGCUUGCAGCAGUGUGCGUUACUUUGAUGAUGAUGAUGAAAUGAAUGAGAUACAUGAAAAUACAGUACAAAUUAUUCAAAAGUUGCACAGCACUGAUAGUCAGCUGGCCAAGGAGAAAACUGGAAGAGGUCAAACAGGGCUGCACAUUCAUCUGAAAUUCAGCUAUUGCUCGGUUGAAGUAACACGUUUUCUGGUCGAAGAGAUUGGAGUUGACGUAAAAGCAAAGGACAACAAUGGCUGCACUGCGUUGCGUAUUGCAGUUAAAAAAGGACAGAGAUUUGUUGACUAUUUGAUGACAAAAGAUAUCGACCUGGAAGUAAAAACCAAACGGGGGCGAACGUGCCUGCAUUUAGCCGCUGGAAGGGGUGAUUUAGAGGCUCUGCAAACUUGGAUAGAACUGGGUGGAGACUUCAAUGUGGUUGAUGAAAAAGGGAUGACUGCGUUGCAUAUUGCUGCUGAAAACGGACAUUUGCAAUUUGUGAAAAAGUUUUUAGCCUGCGCGACCGAGGAAGUCCAAAAUCAAGAUCUUGGCGAGGGUUUUGUUGGAUCUAAACUGAAAGAGAGAUUAAACAGAUGUGAUAAUGAAGGAAGGACAGCACUGCACCUUGCUGCGGAAUCAGGAAAUGUUGAUUUGGUGGAAUUGUUGCUUGAAAAUAACGCUGAUUUAACUCACGCGGACAAGGUAGGAAGGACAGCACUGCACUUUGCUGCUGAGUCAGGAAAUGUUGAUUUGGUGGAAUGGUUGCUAAAAAACAACGCAGAUUUAACUCAAAUGGACAUGAAAGGAAAGAAUGCAAUCCACUACGCGAUCAAAAACGAAAAAAUGCUACGAUUCCUCAAUAAGAAGAACGGAGAUCUUUUGAAGCAGCGUACAAAAUAUGGAGACACAACUCUACAUCUGGCAUUGAAUUUGGGAUUUAAUGAUGCCCAGUUCUUCACUCAACAUCUGGCAUUGGAAAGGUAUCGUGGUGAAACGGAAGAGAUCACUCUGUGGAUUAUAAAACAAGUAGAUGACACCGUUUUAAACGCAAAAAAUGAUUCUGGCGAAACACCACUCUUACUGGCAUGCCAAAGAAGGUUCUGGAGGGUCGCCGAAUUGCUGCUGAGCAGAAAUGUUGAGGUCAAUGUCUCGAACAGAAGUGGAAAAACUGCAAUGCACUACGCCGCGGAAUAUGUAAACUUGUAUUUACUGAAGCUUUUGCACGAGAAAGGUGUGGAUUUGACUCUAACAGACAACAAGGGAAAGAACGCAUUGCACCACGCUGCAGCAGAAGGAAACUUGUCUUUAGUGAAGCAUUUGCUUGAGAAAGGUGUGGAUUUGACUCUAAGAGACAAUCAGGGAAUGAACGCAUUGCACCACGCACUCGAAAACUUUGAGGUAGUAUUAUUUCUUCACGAGAAAAACAAUGAGUUGCUGGGACAGCGUUUGCAAAACGGAGACACAGCCCUCCAUUUUGCAUUAAAAACGUGGGACAUUGACACUGACACAAUUCAUUGGCUCGUUGAGCAAUGCGAAAUUGACUUGAAUGUAACAAACAGCGAGGGUGAGACACCGCUAAUGCUGGCUUGCAUGAAUAGAAGGUGGGAUGUUUCUAAAAUAUUGCUUGAUAAACGCGUCGAUAUACAUGUGAAAGAUAAAAACGGAAGAACAGCCCUGCACUACGCCGUUAAUUCAUAUCAUGAUUUGGUGCAAGAGUUGUGCAAAAGAGGCGCAGAUUUGGCUUUGACAGACAACGACGGGAUGAACGCAUUUCACCAUGCGAUAGGAAGCUUUCAAAUGGCUUUAUUCAUUCAUAAUUUAAAUGGUGAUUUGGUAAAACAGCGUUUGAACAAUGAAGAUACCUCUCUGCAUCUGGCAAUCAAAUUAUACAAACGCAAUAAGAAUGAUGACGUUCUUAAUUGGCUUGCGGAGCAAGACAAUGUUGACUUGAACGCGAGAAAUGCAUUGAACGAAACUCCGCUGAUUCUGGCUUGCAAAGAGAAGCUCUGGGAUACAAAAUUUGUUGAAAUACUUUUGUCCAAAAAUAUAGAUGUCACUAUAAAAGACAUUGAGGGGAAUUCUGCCCAUGACUACAUUGACGAAUCCUGUCCAGCUCAUUUACUUAGAAGGUUUGAUGAACUCCAAGAAGCGUCAUCUGGCAACAAGUGCGAGCAAACUUAAUCUAUUUUUUGCUCCCACCCGUUAUGGUCAAAAUUUAGGACAUUUUUGCAUUUCUUUGUCCAAAUCUUGACUACAGUCAUUGCCACUAACUUAAAAUGAGGACAGAUAAUGAAUAAUACACUCUAAUAUCAGGUUGAAAGUAUACAUAUUAGAUUAGCCAAUAUAUUUGUUUUCGUGGCGUUUUCUGAUUUAGUGCCAUAUUUUUAAAAUUAAAUUUAAUGUUAAAGCCAUUUUUGUAACAACAUUUUAAUCGAUUUUAUAGAAAAAGAGCUUCAAUGUACUUUGUUCUUUAUUAGGAAAUCAUUUUGUAGGGUGAAGUAUGAAAUGUGCUUCAUUUCAAUUUUUAUGUUAUUAAAUAUUGCAUCGACGGAUCAACUUUUUGUUUCGAGCGAUUAUGGACUUACUGAUGGUCAUUUUAUGCCAUUGAAAUUUUCUGUAAUUUGAUACAUAUAUGUAUGAACAAUAAAUAACUAUAUAUUGCAAACAGAAUAUUUAGUUUUUGUGCCAUAAUGACGGUAGCAAAAAUACUGAAAGCGUUUUACCGUUAAAUUAAAAAUAUUUAUGUGUUUUAUUAAAAAAACGGUUAUCUUUGUGAUACCUAUGCCUAUGCAUUUAUCAUGCAUCAUGAAUAAAUUAAAAAUCAUUUACGAACGCAAAUUUAUUUGACUCAUCUUAGCUGCUGAAAAAUGAUUAAAAGAAACGUGCGGUUUAUAUCUCUUCCAAGGGUCGAAGAAGCGAUCAACGCUUUGCAAUUUUCCUUCCAGCAAGUUAGUUUAAUUUCAAGUUCAAAUCUAGUUCAGAACAGGACGCCCUUGAGAGUUGAACCAAUUUCGAUUGCACGUGUGCUUUGCAAUUUGCUGAGCAGCAGAGCAGAUUGCGUUAUUUAUUUCUUAAAUGCGGCUUCACAAAUAUUAAACAAAUUAACGCAGGCAGAACAAAAUCUUCUAUUUAAAGGCAUCGAAUAAAACUAAUGUUUUAAUUU